CAACUACCUGUCAAGAGAUCUACAACUACGUUAUUAUUAUAAUUGUCAUCUCUCAACAGUACGGACGCUUCAAAAAUGUAUCUACUAUCUGUAAUUUCAUUAACAUUGCUGUUUUUAGGUUCAAAAUCUCACGAUUUGUACCUCGGGUAUCCCGAUAUCGGAUCGAAAUUGAUAUACAGCAAAGUGCAUCAAGAAAAUCCAGCUAUUUGGGUCAGAUCUGAAACUUUUACUGUGAACUGUUCCAAAAAUGAAGUGAUCAACGCUGUGCAGAUUAUGGAUUUAAGGCAAGACAAGUGGGGUGAAGCUUACAUUAAGGCGGGUGGGAUCGGUGAUCAUUUCGUCACCAUUGAGUUGGACAGCCCGAGUGUGUUGAGAGGAUACAAUUUUUGGGUAGACAUUUACGCUUUACAAAGCAAUACAUUUCUGUAUCAACACGGAAGGAAGUAGAAUUUGACGAUGUCUUCGAUGUAAAAAGAAGUUUAUAAUAAAUUCUCCUUGUA